GUCAAACCAAGCAUCAUUCAACUCUUGCAUUGCAUGCUAAGGUGUUGUGUGUAUGACUUACAGCUCUGAAAAAGAGACGUAUCGAAUUCGAAAAGAAUCAUUAUUAGACCAUAUUAGAAAUAAAAAUUUAGAAAUUUAGUAUUGUAAUAUUAUUAUGAGAGUAAGGUAACAUUGGAAAAGUAAUCGAUUAAAAUGAUGGAACGGAAAAAGUUUAUUUUCUGUUUUGUCUUACUAUCAAUUCUGCUGAAAACUCAAAGCUUUCCAGAAAUCGGUUUUCAUGUUCAUUUACAGAAUUUAAUAAGUGCCACCAGUGGUUGGACGAAACUUAGUGGUUGGGAAGUCCCAGCAGGAACCAACGGUCCAUACAACAUCGACGCAGAUUUAACAACCAGUGAUGUCAGCAUACCAAUAACUGCUAUCUAUUUCGUCUCUGCCAGUGUGUCCGUCAGUAACAUAGACAACGGGAAGUUUACCUUCGCGUUAAUAGUGAACGGUGAUACGGAAGACACAAAAAUAGGGCUGAAAAGCUCUUUGGAACAAUAUUUUGGUACUAGGCACACUCUUGCUAUUUCCGGUUUCGUAAAGCUAUAUGCCGGUGAAACUGUCUCCAUCCAAUUACAUUCAAGUACUGAUGGCAGUUACGUUAUCGAGCGAGCUUCCAGCUUCAGUUUCCACAACAUUGGUCCACCAGGGUCAGUACCAGCUUAUUUAGCACAAGUGAGAGAUGACACCCCUUUCAACAGCGACUCCGUUAUAAAGCCUUGGAUAACGGAAGGAAGAGCGAAGCUUUACCGAAGUUUAUCUGGAUUUCAAAAAACAGAAGGAAAAUUCCUAACCAUUUGCGACGGAGCUUACAUGAUUACUACGAACAUCAUGAUCAGGGUAGAUGCAGCGGGUUAUUAUCAACUAGCUGUAACUUUCGAUGGAAAGGAAAGUACGCUUGCUGAUGUCACAAUUACACAAGCAAACAGAGUUGCUACGCUUAAUAUCUACCAAGUCUUCAAGUGGACAAAGGGGAUGGUUAUAGAGUUAAAGUUAAAAAGUAGUACAGGCCGGCCAGUUACAGUACUACAAUCCAGUUCUUGGUCUAUGGGUUUCAUCGGAGAAACAAAUGCAGCUUUUAGAGAAUUUUCUAGCUUUUUUACACACAAUCAAUCAUUUCCCUCGACUGGCGGCUUUAUCAUAAACAGGGUUCUUAGUGUUGAUCUUGCAACGCUCGAGAACAACUUAAAAACGCCAAACUACUCACCAAAAGGUCAAUUUAUUUCACCCUCAGGCUUGACAUUGAAUCAGUUACAAAGAUUUGAGGUGGGCACAACUGACUUAUUUUACAUCACAGCCAUUCUACACAUAAUUGGACCGGCUUCUGAUCUUCAAGCUGUCAUUGCAGUUAGUAAAGUAGCAGGUGAAGUUGGACCCAACGACGGCGUUAGCGCUAGAUUCACCAAAACUGCAAAUGGAGAUACAUCAGUAACUUUAUCAGGCAUUUUCUUGAUUCAAAGAUCUCAGUUUGUCAGUGUGUUUGUGACAGCAUACGAUGGAAGGGAAUUCACAAUCCAGGAUACGUCAUUUUUGUCUGUUAUCAACAUGCGGUACAUUGUCUCGAGUGUCAGCGCACGAUUAAGCAAUGCUAUCACCAUAGCAUCAUCUGUAUGGCAAGAUCUGCACUCUCAAUGGAGGGUGCAAGGUCAAGGUCUCUACUCGUUCGGCAAAGAUUUCGACAACAUAAAUGGCAAAUUCACUGCCUCACAUAGUGGUAUUCAUUCGGUGCAUGCCAACAUCCAGUUCGUUUUACAAGAUAACGUCAUCGGUACUGCAAAUAACAAAAUCCAUGCCUUGAUGACAAUUGAUGGCAUUGAAGACACUCAAAAUGGCUUUUAUUCAGUCAUUAAUGGCCCAAAGAAGUUUGUCACACUUAAAAUUUUUGGUUUUGUCAAUUUAAGAGCUGGACAAGUCGUUGCCCUUAAAGUAAAAUCUGAUUCUGCGACCACAGCAGAUACCUACAGCUUAUCAGAAAGAACAAGUUUCAGUAUUUCUUAUAUCGGACCUCAGUGGGCAGUACCUAGUUUCUUUGCACAAGUCCAAACGUUUACUGGUGAUACGUAUACCGCUGGAAGCACAGUUCCUGUUCCCUACAACAAGUGGAGUACAACCCCAAUCUUAUCAACAUCACCAUUUCAGACUAACAACCAAUUUAAUAAUUCUGAGUACUUGGCAGACUCAUCCGGAAUUUAUGUUGUGUCUGUUAGUGUUGUAUUUACCUCAAUCACAUGCUCUUCCAGUGGCUUAUUCCAAGUUCAUGGAGUUACGUCGGGAGGUAGCUUUACGUUCAACAAGGAGAUUGGUUUAAAAGAUCAAAGGUUAGUGAGAGGAGGCACAAAUGGUGGCGAAGUCACUUUAUCAUUCUCUUCUGCGGUCCAGCUGCUAGUAGGUGAAAAGGUUGGAGUAAAAAUUCAGGGUGGAGCAGCAUGCUCAUUUACCAUAUCCACCAGAAGUACCUUUUCGCUUGCAAAAUGGAGUGAAACAACAAACCCAAGUGAUAAACCAUUGAAGUAUGUUGGUCUGUUAGCUCGUACAUCGGCUCCUACAACUUAUACAAACACUGGAUGGAAUCAGUUGGGUCAGAACAUCUUGGAUACAUCACGUGGAGUAGAGAUAAGAGGUAACUACAAACCAGGUCUGUUCUUGCUCGGCCAGCAGUACAACAAGCUAAACAGUGAUUUUGACGUUCGAGAACCUGGUAUUUUCUUCAUCUCUGGUUGCAUUCAUCUAUUUAAUGCCGGCUCGUUAAAUGGGCGAUACGAGAUAAGUGUUCAAAUUGACAACCAGGACGUUACCUCUGGCUUGUAUGCUACUGUGACCCAACAAGACAGCUCUAGCAUCUCUUUAACAUUUGCUGGAUCCAUCUACCUGACAUUGGAUCAGAGAGUUCGAAUAGCGGUAAGAGGGUCUGCAGGAUCAUAUGAAUUGAAGGAUGGAACUACAUUCUCUUUGGUCAAGUUGCAACCUGAUUACAAAACACCUGGUGUCAUUUUGGAAGACAACGUUAAUACUCUGACCGCCACAGGCAACUCGUAUGACAUUAACUCGUGGAGUGCAGACAACACAAUGGGACUCACCAUCAGCAACAUUGGAUUUAACGUCGGAAGCUCACAGUAUACUGUUCAACAGGAGGGCAUCUAUGCAGUCGAUAUGAACGUAAUUUUAACCACAACAACAGCAGAUCAAAUCACCUCAAAUAUUUUAAAUGGGACGAACGUUAUUACAUCCUCCGUAAACAGUUUUGGUACUCAAAAAACCUUAACUACAUCAGAAUUACUCUACCUGAGCAAAGGGAGUGUCUUAACAACCAGACUUACCUCCCGCACAGCUGGAAAUUUGAACUCAGCAACGAUGGAUGGAGGAUACUCUGUUUAUUUUAUCAAAUCUGCCAGAGAAGCUAAUGGUGGACACCACGCAAGUCUUAACAACGCCGUCACAUUAUCGCCAAAUGUAUACACUACAGCUACUGGCUGGGAGAAGACUAACAGUAAAUUCUCGAUUGGUGCUGCAGACGCAACAAACGAGAACGUAGUAGUCACUCAGGACGGUAUCUACAUCGUCUCAUUUACGGCUAGAUUGGAAAGUGUAAGUGGUGGCUUUAGAGUUGGUGUGUUCAUAAAUGGUACAGAGUUUCUUCAAGGUCGUAUGCAAAAUACACAAGCAUCUUCCCUACCAGAAUCUAUGGCAUUAUCUCUUGCUAUGGACUUAAAAUAUCAAGACGUCCUAACAUUUAGAGUGUAUUGUGAAGGCUUUCAAGGGCAGCUUAUAUCCGGAACGACACGUUCAGUCUUACGUAUUGACGAACUUGCCUCGAGUAACUUAACCGAAGGUUUAUCGGGCUUCAAAACAACUAAUCAACCAUUUACCAGCGGUGCCAACGCGAUCACUGGUUGGGAUACCAAGAACACUAAAGGAACCUUCCUUGCUAAAAAUGUUUCUAUAACUGAUUCCGGAGCUAUAGUAGUCCUAAGACCAGGCGUGUUCCGUGUAACUAUGGCUAUCAUAGUCAACAAUCUCAUGUCAACAAGAAGGUGGUUUGAAAUCAACACCAAUAUUGGUACUGAGACUGAUUCACUGUCAAACUUGAAAGGACGAACAACAAUCGAUGGAACAAAAAUUGGCACAAUAACCAUAUCUGGGACUGUGACGUUACAAAAAUUCCAAACAUUGUCAUUCAAAAUCUCUUCUCAAUCUGAUGGGUCUUACACUGUUAUGGCGGGUAGUACAUUAUCAAUUGUUGUCAUAGAUGAUAACACUGGACCUGUGUUGUGUGAGGACCUCGGCUUGAAUGUGCAGCGUCUCGAAGGUGCUCGCGUUCCAACACGAUCAAAACAUUCAUUCCAAUGUAAUGUUGUCACCAGUUUAGUCCCAUCAUACCGGUGGUGGAAAAACGGACAGUUAAUAUCCGGUGAAACUAGCAACACACUGUCAUACGACCCAACCGAGAUCACGCAAAGCGGCUCAUACAAGUGCUCUGUGAACUUUUUAUCACUAACUGGAGAAACGAACAAUGCUACUUUGGAGGUUUAUGAUCCAUAUCCCGUGAUCACACCAAAGAACAAUCUUUUUGAGGUGACUGUGCUAGAGAAUCAAGAGCCGAGGCUGUUGGUUGAAACCUUCCUGUUAAGUGCAUAUAAAUUUUUUCCGAAAAAUCAAAAAGCGAAUGUCUCUUUGGUAAUUCUGUCAGGCGAUGACACAAAUGAUCUCGUUGUUAGCGCACCAUCGUCCGACAGCGUACGCUUAAGCACAUUGAAAAAACUUGAUUACGAAAGAAAAUCAACCUACAACCUUUUGCUGCGCGCUACUAAUUUAGAAGAACCUUUAGUCACAGGAAAACCUGGACCUUACAUAAAUGACAUCAACUUCAGAAUUAAUGUACUUGAUGUAAACGACAAUGCACCAAAAUUUGGCCAGUCAUUAUACUCCGUCGACGUGCCCGAAGACUAUCCGUUAGGAGGAUUUAUCGUUGAAACGUUAGCUACAGACCGAGAUGCAGGAGCGAAGAUAACGUACAGUUUGGUUGGUCAGGUGUCAGGGAAUUUGUUUCAGGUCGAUAAUUCCACAGGAAGAGUAACGCUCAAGCAAUCUUUGGACAGAGAGACAAGAGACGUUCAUACUAUUUUUGUUAAAGCAAGUGAUGGUCAGUUCUCAACCGUAGCGGAAGUUGUUGUGAAUGUUAGAGAUGUCAACGACAACCCACCAACGUUCGCCGACACAGGCUUCGAGAUAACUGUAUCGGAAGCUUCGGUUGUCAACAGUGUAAUUGUCAAAAUCAUCGCCACUGAUCCUGAUUUAGGCAACAAUUCUACCUUAAGAUAUUCUAUUCUGUCUGGUAAUGCAGAGAAUCGAUUCGCUCUUGAUUCUGUAACAGGAAAUCUCAGUCUUAUACAGUCACUUGAUUAUGAAGGAACAAAAAGUUACGAUUUGUUGGUACAGGUAACUGAUAUGGGAAAUCCAACUCCGAAAACAUCCAUCCGUAAUUUACCUGUACGUAUAAAUGUGGGAGAGGUUAAUGAUAACAACCCCAUAUUCACUCAAAGUUUAUAUCAAAACACUUUCCCUGAAACGACAGCUCUAAACGACGUUUUAUUUACCUUUAACGCCGCCGACGGUGAUGCGUCCAUUCUCAAUAACCAAGUUACCUACACUAUGACAGAUACGCUGGCUCAAGAGUAUUUUACGUUAACGCCAAAUGGUCAACUUUUAUUACGAAAAGCAUUCGACUACAACAUAUAUAAGGAAUACAGGUUUGCUAUAGAAGCAUCUGAUGGAAGCCUUCCCACAUCUCGACACAAAAAAGCAGAUGUUGUUGUCAGGGUAACUGACGUCAACAAUCAAAGGCCUGUAUUCCAACCAACGUCGUACAACAUCGCAAUUUCUGAAGGCACCACCGUGGGUACAUCAAUAACACGAGUUUUUGCGAACGAUGGUGACAGCAGUGGAACUAUGACGUAUUCAAUCUUGUCUGGAAACGACGCUGGCAAAUUCCGAAUAAACCCAAGCACGGGAGAGAUUUUCACAGUGGAAACCUUGGACAGAGAAGUACAGCCAACAACUUACGUCCUGUCUAUUAACGUGAAUGACGGUGUUGGAAAUGCUGCUCAGCCAGCGCCAGUCGUUAUAACUCUCCAAGAUAUCAACGACAAUCAACCUGUAUUUUCGCAGAAUUACUACACUGCUGUUGUUCAGGAGAAUAUUCCAUCCAAUACACGUGUCACGACUGUUACGGCAACAGAUCUUGACAUAACAACAAACGGACAAAUUGAUUACUCUAUUUUACAGGAUCCACUCAAUCCCUCUUCCACCAAAUUCCGUAUCAAUCCGAACGGCGAUAUUUUUAGUGAUGGCGCACUUGAUUUUGAAACCCAAAAUAAACACACUUUUACGGUCGUGGCUACAGAUCGUGGCAAUGGAUCACUAAAAGGAUAUGCAUCUGUUGAAGUGACGCUAACUGAUAUCAACGACAAUAAUCCCGUGUUCACACAAACUAGUUAUAACAUAUCGUUGAAGGAAAGUGCUUCUGUUAAUCGACCAGUGGUUUAUUUAAAAGCCACUGAUCCAGACACCAACAAAGCCUUGGUAUUCAACAUCAUCAGCGGCAACGCCGAAGGAAAAUUCACAAUUGUCAACAAUGAAGUUUAUCUAUCUAACAGCCUAGACUACGAGACAACACAGAAGUAUGUUUUGGGUGUACAAGCACGUGAUCUAGGUGGUAGAACGACUCAGACAAACGCAGAAAUCACAGUCAACGUGAUUGAAGUCAACGACAACAUUCCAAAAUUCACGACUGAUUAUUAUCGCGUGGAAGUAAGGGAAAAUAUACCAUUAAACUCCUUAAUAGUUCAGCUGAACGCCACAGAUGGUGACAGAGGGCCGUUAACAGAUAUAUAUCGGUUCGUCAGUUUGGACAAUACAACUGAUUUUGCAAUUGAUGCGCAGACUGGUGUUGUGAGAAAUACGGCAUCCCUUGAUUACGAGCAGAAAAGAGAGUACGCUUUGGUUGCGAAAGUUAGAAACACCGCUUCACCACAACUUGAGUCUACUAUGCUUUUGGACAUCAUAGUUUUAAAUGCUAACGAUGAACGACCAGUUUUUACUCCAAACUUCUACAACAUCGUCGUAUCAGAAAAAGCUCCAGUAGGAACCCUCAUUGCAGACCUUGUUGCGACAGACGCUGAUACACCAACCAAUGCACUAAGGUUUAGCAGUUCUACCCUCGACAACCAUUUCACAUUAGAUUCGACCACUGGCAGAAUAACCUUGGCACGUUCAUUUGACAGUGAAGCUACUGUUCCUGACCGAAGUUAUGUUUUAACUUUGACUGUUAAUGACGGAGUACAGAACAGCGCUCAAGCUGCAACAGUAUCAGUCACAAUACAAGAUGUAAACGAUAAUGAGCCUGUUUUUGACAAGAAUGAAUAUCAUGUGUCAGUGUUUGAAAAUCAAAACGUGGGAACUGCCCUGGUUACAGUGACGGCUAGAGACAGAGAUGAUACAAACCAACACAAUUCGAUGAGAUAUUCGAUUGUACCGGGUCAAGAUUCCGGAAAUUUCUCCAUCAGUGGUCAGCAAAUACAAACAAAUGCAGUCUUCGACUACGAAACCAAGAAGACUUAUUCAUUCGAAGUUCAAGCUAUAAACACCAACUCGCCAGAUCAGUUAUCUGGCAAAGCUUUAAUUGUCGUAACCAUAAAGGACAGAAAUGACAAUAACCCGAUCAUAACUCCAAAUGUUGUCAAUCUUAAUAUAUCUGAAGGUACACUUACAGGAUCGACAAUUUUUAAUAUCAACGGGACUGACGCAGAUAGUUCCACUAAUGGAGAUAUAACAUACACGAUCAGUGGAUCGGGAUUUAUCAUUGACAACAAUGGAAAUAUCAAGUUAGCAACUCAACUGGACCAAGCCGUUCAGGACACAUAUACUCUUACUGUGACGGCUACAGACAAAGGUUCCCCAUCACGAUCUUCCACUGGUACCGUAAAUAUAAAGGUGCUGCCAGUCACAUUGCCAGGACUUGUUUUUAAUAACUGUCCACUGAAUUUUGCGAUUGAUGAAAAUAGCAAUCCAACCAGCGCUCAAUUCAGCAGAACACUGACUGCUGUCAGUACAGGAUCAGGGACCAGUACUGCUGUAACAUACACAGUAGAAGCAGGACAAAAUGACAUUGCCAAUCGCUUCAGUGUGAGUUCAACUGGAGUUAUCACUGUAUCCGGGCCAUCAAAUUUUGAAGAAAGAAAUCGAUACGACUUUUUAGUUAAGGCAACAAACGUCCGAGGAGCAACUGCUUACUGCUAUGUAACUGCCAAUAUUAAUGACGUCAACGAGCAACCGUCAUUUUCAUCUUCUGGGUAUUCCUUCAACGUGUAUGAGAAUGUACAUCCCGACGCUGUGGUCUAUUCUGUAACGGCAACAGACCCAGACUUUGAUCUUAGUUCAAGAGGACGUCUUUCAUAUUCCAUUGCAGCAAGUGGAAGUAACAAUGGAGUAUUUAGAAUCGAUCAAAUGGGAAGAAUCAUUUUGGAAAGAAAUUUAGACUUUGAACAAAUCCAGGCCUAUACUUUUAACGUAGUGGCUACAGAUGGAGGAACGCCACCAAUGCAAGCGUUCGCAACUGUGAACGUCGCUGUGCUUGAUUCAAACGACAACCAUCCAGUCAUACAAAAUCAAAACCUUGUUAUUUCUCAACCUGAAAAUAGAAAGGAUACAAACAUUGCCACCAUUACGGCAACAGACCGGGAUUCAACAACUAAUGCACAGGUUGAAUAUAUAGGAAUCUUUCCCGAAGGUAUUCUUUCAAUCGACAAAAAUACCGGAAGCGUCAGUGUAGUGGGUGACUUGGACUAUGAAGCGAGACAACAAUAUCAGUUCGUGGUAGUUGCUAGAGACAAGGGAACACCUUAUUUGACCUCGAUUCCACAAAACAUAACACUAAAUGUCGAAAAUGUAAAUGACAACUCUCCAACUUUCGCAAACACAGCGUAUGUGAUAACAAUUUCAGAGAAAACUAGCCUUGCUACUACUGUGUUAUCGGUGGUUGCCACAGAUGCCGACCUAGGAACACCUGGAAAUAUUAAUUCGUAUCAAAUAAUAAGUGGCAAUGUUGGAAACAGAUUCAGAAUAGACAGCAAUGGAAAUAUCGUUGUACAAAGCUCAUUAGACCUUGCAACUACAAAUACACCACAAUAUGUACUUCAAGUGCGAGCAACAGACGCUGGGAUUCCUUCGAGAACUAGUGAUAACACAGCAACAGUGACAAUAAACGUUCAGGAUUAUAGCGAAGGGCAACCUUUCUUCUCUCUUAGCUCCUAUCUAGUUACUAUUGAUGAAAAUACUCCACUCUCGACCAGUAUCUUAACUUUGAAUGCCACGAGCAACGAGCCAACGUACAGCUUAACGUUUAGAAAAGUACAAGGUGUAAACCACCUUGAUCAUCAAGCCUUUACAUUAAGACAAACCGGUGACAAGGUUGAGGUCUUAACAGCAACAUCAAACCUUGACUACGAAAGUAAACGUUUUUACUCUUUCGAAGUUGAGGUGACAGAUACAAACAAUGGAAAAACAGGAACAGCGCUAGUGGUUGUUAGAAUAAGAGAUGUUAACGACAAUACUCCAAUAAUCACAACAACCGAUAGAAUAUAUAACAUUACCGAAAACACGUUGCUUGGCUCAACUGUUGCUGCUCUACGGGCAACAGACGCAGAUGAUGGAGUUAACAGAUUGGUGGAUUUUACAGCUACAGGUGGUAAUGGUAUGAAUGUAUUUACUGUUGCAUCUGAUGGUACAAUCUUAUUAAAAAACAACUUAAAUGCUGACACUGAUAGUGUUUAUCAACUUACCGUGAGAGCUACAGACAGAGGUACGCCAACUCUCUCAAGUCAAGCCACACUUACGUUCUACAUUCACGAAGCUACCGCAGUGAUAACGGCUCAAGAUGUAGCCGUACCUGAAAAUACUCCUACUGGAAAUACCAUAACAACAGUUCGAGCGGUUGAUCCAAAUACUGGAAAUAGCAAUGGUUUUACAUACUCCCUCGUAGGGCCUAUUUCAAACAACCGAUUCCAAAUCGAUGCUACAACUGGAGUAAUAACACUGCGCAACGGACUAGACUACGAAUCGUCGAAACAGCAUACCAUAGUUGUGAAAGCCAAAGGUCCAACGUCAUCUGCGGUCGACGAGGUCAUUGUCACAGUCACUGACGUUAAUGAUAAUGCACCUGUGUUUGACAGAUCGGCUUAUUUCCUCCGAAUGAACGAAAAUAUGCUGCCAGGUCAACGUCUUCUUCAAGUGAGAGCCGCGGACAUGGAUUCCAGCGCAAAUGGCAACAAUAGAAUAACAUACUCCAUUGAAUCUCAGCCUACGCCAAAUCUAUUUACUAUUGACCCUAACACAGGUGUACUUUCUAUCCUGAACAGCAUUAACAGAGAAAUGCCAGGAAGUAAUGUGUAUACCGUCACUGUUUCGGCCAGAGACAAUGGUAACCCACAAUUACAAAGCUCUCAAAAUGCUCUAAUCCAAUUGACCGUGGAGGAUGUGAACGACAAUUUCCCAGUUUUCAAUCAGGCUCUUUACCAAGCCAGUGUCAAUGAAACAGCACCUGUUAACACAUUCAUAAUGACAGUAACGGCAACAGACAACGACGCGACUGCCCCGAACAGAGAUAUACGUUACAGCAUUAAUCAGCCAUUUGCAAGCGAGUUCUUUGCAAUUAACCCUACUUCUGGUCAAAUCACGUUAAAAAAACAAGUAGAUUUUGAACAAACAACACGCUACGACUUUCCAGUUAUAGCCACAGAUCAGGGAGAUGUCAAGUAUACCAGAACUGCAAAUGUGGAGAUCACAGUUCUUAACUUCCCCGAUUUGAAGCCACGAUUUAAUCCACUGGAGUACAACAUCACUGUUCCCGAGAGUACAUUGGUUGGUACUUCAUUGUUGCAAUUGGUCGUCGUUGACAGUACUCAAAAUCUUGUUUUCCAACUUAAAUCAGGCAACGAAGACGACAAAUUUCUUCUUUCUUCUCAACAAGGUACAGGAAUGCUUGUCCUGAAGAAUAAAGUAGACCGAGAAAUCAAAGAUUUUUACAGGUUGUCAGCCUCCGUAACGGAUGGUUUUAAUUCGGCACCAAUUGAUGCCAUUAUCCGAGUUACUGUGUUAGACGUCAAUGAUAAUGUACCGACUUUCCCGAAUGGCAACACAUGCGUUCAAAGCACUUUGAAUGAGGGGCUAGGCAGCUUAAUUGUGACUAGUAUACAAGCCAAUGAUUUGGAUAAUGGGGAGAACGCUAAUCUAUCCUAUUCAUUUUCACCUCCUUGUCCGUUAUUCCAGAUUGAUUCCAGAACUGCUGUAAUAACUACAACAGGUCCUCUGGACUACGAAACUCAACGUAAUCAUGUAUGUAUUGUAAAAGCUACUGACAAUGGAAACCCUCAAUUAAGUGGAUUUACAUGCAUUUCUGUAACAGUUGGGGACGCAAAUGACAACUCACCCGUGUUUUCCCCUCUAAACUACACCGUAACAGUUAAAGAAUCCGCUGGAGUUGGAAGGUUGAUCGCUACUGUUUUUGCAACAGACAGAGAUAGCGAUUUGAAUGGAGCCAUAACGUAUAACAUCCGUAAUAACCCAGGAAACUUUUUAAUUGAUAGCUUGGGAAGAAUAACUUUGAUUGGCCCACUUGAUUACGAAUUAACACAAAGAUAUCUACUAGAAGUUACUGCUACUGACAGAGGCACUCCUACUCAGAGAACAUCUAACCCUUCAGCUUACGUUGAAGUUAUCGUUGAGGAAGUAAAUGAUAACAGACCAACCCUACAAACGUAUUUCUAUUCUUUAACAGUACCAGAGAACACAGCAGUAAAUUCAGUGGUCAUGAAGCUUACUGCAAGUGACAACGACAGAGGCCCUAACACCAACAUCUUCAGUUUUGUAGCUCUAGAGAACACAACUGAUUUUUCAAUUGAUCCAGAUGGAACUAUAAAGGUAGCGAAAGCUUUAGAUUUUGAAACGAAAUCUAUGUAUUCACUGGUUGCUGUAGUCAGGGAUCAAGGCGUACCUUACCUAGAAAAUAGAGCGCUUGUUGAUAUUAUGAUCAGCAAUAUUAAUGACGAAGCACCUGCUUUCAAAAAAAAUAAUUAUAACGUAAGGGUUUCUGAAAAAGCUCCUGUUGGAAUGACGUUAGUGAAACUGGAAGCAGCCGACAAAGAUACACCUGUUUUAACCUACUCCUCCGUUGGUACAAUAGACUCUCAUUUCAGAAUGGACGGAGAGUACCUAAUUUUGGACCAAACCCUGGAAAGAGAACCCGGAGCAAGUCAAUAUGUAUUGACUUUUAGAGUGAAUGAUGGAAAUCGUGACGGAACCAACAAUGCUGUAGUAAUCGUUGAUGUUGUAGACGUUAAUGACAAUCAGCCGAUAUUUGACUUAAAUAUUUACGAAGUAUCAAUAAGGGAAAAUGAAAGAAUAGGAGCCCAGUUUCUUGCUGUAACUGCAAGAGACAGUGACGCUACGAACAGCAAUAAUAUUCUCACAUAUUCCAUUGUUCCAAGUGCAGAUUCUUCAUAUUUUCUAAUGAAUCGGAACAGAUUAUUUGUCAAUACUGCGCUUGACUACGAAAAUAGAACGUCAUACUCAUUUCAUGUACAAGCCAUCGACAACUCGAUUACAGAUAAAUUAAUUGGCAAAGCAUUAGUCAAGGUACAAAUAUUAGAUGAAAACGAUAACACACCAAUACCUAUAACGUCCGUCACAAAUCUAAACAUCACUGAAGCAACGCUUAUUGGCACGCCUAUUGUAACUAUUUUCGCAACUGACAAGGACAGCACCACAAACGGGCAACUAACAUAUACCUUAAACCAUCCCACAUUUUCUAUUGAUGACACAGGCACAAUAAGACUAAAGCAAAAACUUGAUGCUUUUGCACAGCCUUCUUACACAUUGAAUGUGCAGAUCUCUGAUAAAGGAGCUCCGCCGAAAACAAGUUCGGCAACCGUCAACCUUCGCGUGCUCGGAGUUACCGUGCCAGGAAUAUCGUUUAAUGGCUGUCCUUUACAAUUCUCCAUACCAGAAAAUACAGCUCCUGCAAACUUUAGAAGAGAAUUCUCAAUCAGAGACAGUGGUGUUUACACCAGCCAAAAUGUGCAAUACACAGUACAGUCGGGAGAUAUCGGUAUCUUCGCACUACAGCCAAAUGGUGUAAUUACGAUAAGAGACCCUGCAAAUUAUGAGGUAAAAGACCAGUAUAGCUUCUUGGUUAAAGCAACAAAUGAAAGAAAUGCGCAAGCUUAUUGUUUUGUGACAGGAAAUAUAACAGAUGUAAACGAAAGACCAGCUUUUGAUCAAAGUAUAUAUAAUUUCAAUGUAGCUGAGAAUGUUUUGCCAAACUCUUUCGUAUUCUCUGUUACAGCAACAGACCCAGACUUUGAUCUUAGUCCAAGAGGACGUCUUUCAUAUUCCAUUGCAGCAAGUGGAAGUAACAAUGGAGUAUUUAGAAUCGAUCAAAUGGGAAGAAUCAUUUUGGAACGAAAUUUAGACUUUGAACAAAUCCAGGCCUAUACUUUUAACGUAGUGGCUACAGAUGGAGGAACGCCACCAAUGCAAGCGUUCGCAACUGUGAACGUCGCUGUGCUUGAUUCAAACGACAACCAUCCAGUCAUACAAAAUCAAAACCUUGUUAUUUCUCAACCUGAAAAUAGAAAGAAUACAAACAUUGCCACCAUUACGGCAACAGACCGCGAUUCAACAACUAAUGCACAGGUUGAAUAUAUAGGAAUCUUUCCCGAAGGUAUUCUUUCAAUCGACAAAAAUACCGGAAGCGUCAGUGUAGUGGGUGACUUGGACUAUGAAGCGAGACAACAAUAUCAGUUCGUGGUAGUUGCUAGAGACAAGGGAACACCUUAUUUGACCUCGAUUCCACAAAACAUAACACUAAAUGUCGAAAAUGUAAAUGACAACUCUCCAACUUUCGCAAACACAGCGUAUGUGAUAACAAUUUCAGAGAAAACUAGCCUUGCUACUACUGUGUUAUCGGUGGUUGCCACAGAUGCCGACCUAGGAACACCUGGAAAUAUUAAUUCGUAUCAAAUAAUAAGUGGCAAUGUUGGAAACAGAUUCAGAAUAGACAGCAAUGGAAAUAUCGUUGUACAAAGCUCAUUAGACCUUGCAACUACAAAUACACCACAAUAUGUACUUCAAGUGCGAGCAACAGACGCUGGGAUUCCUUCGAGAACUAGUGAUAACACAGCAACAGUGACAAUAAACGUUCAGGAUUAUAGCGAAGGGCAACCUUUCUUCUCUCUUAGCUCCUAUCUAGUUACUAUUGAUGAAAAUACUCCACUCUCGACCAGUAUCUUAACUUUGAAUGCCACGAGCAACGAGCCAACGUACAGCUUAACGUUUAGAAAAGUACAAGGUGUAAACCACCUUGAUCAUCAAGCCUUUACAUUAAGACAAACCGGUGACAAGGUUGAGGUCUUAACAGCAACAUCAAACCUUGACUACGAAAGUAAACGUUUUUACUCUUUCGAAGUUGAGGUGACAGAUACAAACAAUGGAAAAACAGGAACAGCGCUAGUGGUUGUUAGAAUAAGAGAUGUUAACGACAAUACUCCAAUAAUCACAACAACCGAUAGAAUAUAUAACAUUACCGAAAACACGUUGCUUGGCUCAACUGUUGCUGCUCUACGGGCAACAGACGCAGAUGAUGGAGUUAACAGAUUGGUGGAUUUUACAGCUACAGGUGGUAAUGGUAUGAAUGUAUUUACUGUUGCAUCUGAUGGUACAAUCUUCUUAAAAAACAACUUAAAUGCUGACACUGAUAGUGUUUAUCAACUUACCGUGAGAGCUACAGACAGAGGUACGCCAACUCUCUCAAGUCAAGCCACACUUACGUUCUACAUUCACGAAGCUACCGCAGUGAUAACGGCUCAAGAUGUAGCCGUACCUGAAAAUACUCCUACUGGAAAUACCAUAACAACAGUUCGAGCGGUUGAUCCAAAUACUGGAAAUAGCAAUGGUUUUACAUACUCCCUCGUAGGGCCUAUUUCAAACAACCGAUUCCAAAUCGAUGCUACAACUGGGGUAAUAACACUGCGCAACGGACUAGACUACGAAUCGUCGAAACAGCAUACCAUAGUUGUGAAAGCCAAAGGUCCAACGUCAUCUGCGGUCGACGAGGUCAUUGUCACAGUCACUGACGUUAAUGAUAAUGCACCUGUGUUUGACAGAUCGGCUUAUUUCCUCCGAAUGAACGAAAAUAUGCUGCCAGGUCAACGUCUUCUUCAAGUGAGAGCCGCGGACAUGGAUUCCAGCGCAAAUGGCAACAAUAGAAUAACAUACUCCAUUGAAUCUCAGCCUACGCCAAAUCUAUUUACUAUUGACCCUAACACAGGUGUACUUUCUAUCCUGAACAGCAUUAACAGAGAAAUGCCAGGAAGUAAUGUGUAUACCGUCACUGUUUCGGCCAGAGACAAUGGUAACCCACAAUUACAAAGCUCUCAAAAUGCUCUAAUCCAAUUGACCGUGGAGGAUGUGAACGACAAUUUCCCAGUUUUCAAUCAGGCUCUUUACCAAGCCACUGUCAAUGAAACAGCACCUGUUAACACAUUCAUAAUGACAGUAACGGCAACAGACAACGACGCGACUGCUCCGAACAGAGAUAUACGUUACAGCAUUAAUCAGCCAUUUGCAAGCGAGUUCUUUGCAAUUAACCCUACUUCUGGUCAAAUCACGUUAAAAAAACAAGUAGAUUUUGAACAAACAACACGCUACGACUUUCCAGUUAUAGCCACAGAUCAGGGAGAUGUCAAGUAUAUCAGAACUGCAAAUGUGGAGAUCACAGUUCUUAACUUCCCCGAUUUGAAGCCACGAUUUAAUCCACUGGAGUACAACAUCACUGUUCCCGAGAGUACAUUGGUUGGUACUUCAUUGUUGCAAUUGGUCGUCGUUGACAGUACUCAAAAUCUUGUUUUCCAACUAAAAUCAGGCAACGAAGACGACAAAUUUCUUCUUUCUUCUCAACAAGGUGCAGGAAUGCUUGUCCUGAAGAAUAAAGUAGACCGAGAAAUCAAAGAUUUUUACAGGUUGUCAGCCUCCGUAACGGAUGGUUUUAAUUCGGCACCAAUUGAUGCCAUUAUCCGAGUUACUGUGUUAGACGUCAAUGAUAAUGUACCGACUUUCCCGAAUGGCAACACAUGCGUUCAAAGCACUUUGAAUGAGGGGCUAGGCAGCUUAAUUGUGACUAGUAUACAAGCCAAUGAUUUGGAUAGUGGGGAGAACGCUAAUCUAUCCUAUUCAUUUUCACCUCCUUGUCCGUUAUUCCAGAUUGAUUCCAGAACUGCUGUAAUAACUACAACAGGUCCUCUGGACUACGAAACUCAACGUAAUCAUGUAUGUAUUGUAAAAGCCACUGACAAUGGAAAUCCUUCCCUUUCAGCUUUUACCUGUUUAGUUGUAACAGUUAAUGACGCAAACGAUCUCUUACCUGUAUUUGAGAAGUUUUUCUAUGACGCUGCGAUACAAGAAUCUGUCCCAACAAACACAAUAGCAACGCGGGUAAUUGCAACAGACGGUGAUACAAGUCGUAAUGCUCAAUUUAGAUACGAGAUUGUAAGUGGAAAUACUGGAAAUACAUUUAACAUAGAUUCCAGUGGCUUUAUCAAAGUCGUGCGUCCGGUUAAUUACGAAGGCAUUAAAAAGUAUUCAUUGGAAAUACGUGCUAUUGAUAUUACAGAUUCUUCAAAAUUUUCUCAGCGUAAUGCCAUUGUUAAUAUAACGGUAACUGAAGUCAAUGAUAACAGACUAACAUUCAGUAAAUCGUACUACUCUGUAACAAUAGACGAAAAUACAACUCCUGGAUCACCUGUUCUAACAAUUGAUGCAACUGACGCUGACCACGGUAUAUUAACUAGCACUGUGAGGUAUAUUGCACUGGACAAUACGACAAUGUUUACUCUUGAUGAAACAAGUGGAAUUAUUCGUGUAGAAAAACCUCUAGAUUACGAAACGAAAAAAAGUUAUCAUCUUGUAGCUACUGCAGCUGACCUAGGAAACAAGGAUCUGAGGAGCAGAACACUAGUUGACAUUUUCUUAACAGACACAAACGAUAACGCUCCACAGUUUUCUCCAGAUAGAUAUACAAUUAGAAUAUCAGAAGAAAUACCAAUUAACCAAAUAAUAACAAGAGUCACUGCUACGGACAAAGAUUCUGGUACAAAUGGACAAGUUAAAUACCGAAUCUCGAAUGGAAACACCCAAAGAUUUUCGAUAGAUGAAAAUACAGGAGAGGUAUCCGUAAUUCAGAGCUUGGACUUAGAAACUACCAGGACUAACUCCUACGUGCUUACAAUCACCGCCACGGAUAGUGCAAGUACACCAAUUAACAGUGUCAAUACUGGAACUGUCAUCAUCAGUGUAGUCGAUGUAAACGAUAGACAACCUGUGUUCACAUUGAGUCAGUAUGAGUUUACAAUACUGGAGAAUCUUCCAAGCGGAGGCAUUGUUGGAAGUGGAGUUAUUGCUACUGAUUCAGACUUUACGAACUCUAACAACCAAAGAAGGUACGCAAUCGUACCGAAUAGUGAUUCUGGAAACUUUACUAUCUCUCAAAAUGGUGUGAUUGUGGCUGCUGCUGGAUCCAGUUUUGACUACGAAACCAUCAGAUCUUACAACUUUGAAGUUGAAGCAACUGAUAAUGGCAAUGAAGAACUUAAAGGACGUGCCUUAGUCAAGGUUUACGUUGCCGAUAUAAAUGAUAAUUCGCCAAUACCCUCUAAUUUAAAGAUAGUUUUGAACAUUUCUGAAGCUACUUUUGUUGGACAGGUGCUAACCGUUGUCCCUGCUACAGACAAAGAUUCUGGAUCAAACGGAAAAUUGUCAUACGUGAUAAAUGGGGAUACCACAGAUCAUUUUGCUAUUGACGAAAAUGGAAACCUGCGCCUCAAAAGACAACUAAACUCAUUCUCCCAAAAUAGAUAUGACUUAAAUGUUGUUAUUGUAGAUGGUGGUAGCCCUCCAAGAUCAGGUACAACUGACGUAACUGUGUUCGUGCAUCCAAUUGAUCUGACUUUACUUGCAUUUAAUCCAUCAUGUCCUAUUGAGUACCAAAUAGAUGAAGACAAGGUAAACGGGGUGAUUGGUGUGAUAAAGGCCACUGACACUGGAAAUUACACCAGCCAAAACCUUGUCUAUGAAAUCAAAUCUAAUAUACAGGACCUACAAGGUGUUUUUAGACUUAAUCAGACAACAGGUGAAGUAAUACAAAAUAUCGCAGCUAAUUAUGAAUCGCGCAAUAGAUACGCAUUUAUGGUUUGUGCACGCAAUGAGAGGGGUUCCACAGCUUGCUGUCACGUCUCCAUCAAAAUCUUAGAUGUAAAUGAGAGACCAAGAUUUGUGCAGACUGUAGGAAAUGUGUAUCAGGUUACCAUUCCUGAAUCGAUUCCCGUUGGCAGUGUGUUCUUUUCAGUGGUUAGUGAGGACAAUGACUUAGAUACCUCUUUAAAUGGACAGUCAACGUAUUCGAUCGAACCAACAACACCAGGUCAGGAAAUGUACUUCGCCAUCGACCAAUUUGGACGGAUUAGAACUAAUGUUACGUUGGACAGAGAACAAACCAAUUCUUAUAACUUCCGAGUCAGAGUGAGUGAUAAAGGAACGCCUUCAUUAUCAAGUACUGCAACUGUUAUUGUACGUGUAGUAGACCGAAACGAUAACAGACCUAUUAUUAAUCCAAUAAAUAACUAUAAUAUCAGAGAAAAUAAUGACGGCCAGGUAUUAGGCACAGUUACAGUCACCGAUCGGGAUGUUGAUCCAUUAAACAGGGAAAUUGAAUUCUCUAUUCACCCAGAAGGAAUUGUCGAUAUAAACCCUACAACAGGCCAAUUAACUGUAGCAAGGAACGUAGAUUACGAAAGGAUACAGAAUUACCAACUUUUCGUUGUAGCUAAAGACAAGGGAUCUCCCUAUCUCAGUAGUAUAAGAAGUUUUAAUGUCACAAUAAAUAAUGUGAAUGACAACAUACCCUAUUUCCCUGUGACACUAUACAACUUAACCAUCUCAGAGAAGACAGAAGUCAACACACUUGUAUUAACUUUAUUCGCAAGAGACAACGAUCUUGGAGUAUUUGGUGAAGUAACAGGCUACACAAUAACUUCUGGAAACGCAGGCAACUACUUCAGUAUUGAUAACACGGGACGCCUUACCCUUAACAGACCAUUGGACUGGAAUAUCAACAAGCAAUUUACACUUCAAAUAUCUGCCACAGAUGGAGGUUCUCAAGUCACCACAAACCCUGCUACGGUUACUAUUAACGUUGCUGACUACAGCGAGCUUCAACCGUUUUUCUUGCAAAACUUGUAUGUGGCCAGAAUACCCGAAUCAACUGGUCUAAGCACUCUAGUGCUUACUGUGACCGGAAAUAGCAACGAACCAGUCAAAGGUCCAUUCACGUAUAGUAUUGUAUCUAAUCUCCCAGAUACGUCGAAGUUCACGAUCAAUCCAACGACUGGGGAAAUUCGCACAACUCAAUUUUUCAAUUAUGAACAGCAAAAUAAUUUCACGUUUGAUGUUGAAAUUAGGGAUGGUAACAACGGCAAAACGAACAGAGCAUCAGUUUUUAUUCACAUCGACGACGUUAACGAUAAUGCACCUGUGUUUACUCUUCCUAACAGAAUAUACAACAUCACUGAAUUCACCUUACCUGGCUCAACGGUAGCUUGUUUAUCUGCGACUGACAGAGACAGUUAUCAGAACGGCCUUGUACAGUUCAGAAUAAUUGGUGGAGAUGGUACAUUUGUAGUUAAUCCAGAUGGAAAAAUUACCCUAGCCAAACAUAUCUUCUACUAUCGAAAAAACAAUUAUUCGUUAAAUGUGCAAGCAUAUGACUCCGGUAAUCCAUCUUUAACAGAUGAUGCGACCCUUACGUUUUACAUACACAAGUCCUACACUGGCGUAACCACCUCAGACGUCAAUGUCCCGGAAAAUAGUCAAAUAGGGACUUUUGUUACUCGAGUCUCAUCGGUUGAUCCAUUUACUGGAAAUAGCAGCAACAUUCGUUACUUUUUGGUUGGGAAGUCAAACGACUUUUUCUCCAUCAACGAUACAACGGGUGUCAUUUCAGUACGACAGACAUUAGAUCGUGAAACCAGAGAACGGCAUGUCCUCACUGUACAAUCCCGUGGUCCUACAGCAAAUGGAGUUGGAGAAUUGGUUGUUACAGUAACCGAUAUAAACGAUAAUGCACCCAUAUUUUUGUUACCCAGCUACCAGGUAACCGUAUCGGAGACAACAUCAAUUAAUCAAAACAUAGUAACGGUAACUGCCACAGAUCGGGAUGAUGGAAUUAACGGAAAUGUGAGGUACUCUAUUGUUGCAGGUGACACCAACUUAUUUGCUGUUAAUCCUGCGACAGGUGUCGUUAGUUUAAUAGGUCAAUUGGAUUAUGAAACCAACCAGGUGCAUACGAUAAGAAUUUCUGCUCAAGACACCGGGGCGGGACAAUUAAGUUCUACCAACACAGCACAAGUGACUGUCAUUGUACAAGACUACAACGACAACUGUCCUCAAUUUCAGCAGAAUACUUAUGUUGCUAAUGUUUCGGAAUCAGAGACUCCUGGGUUCAGCGUUCUAAGGGUUCGACCAACCGACAGAGAUGGAACAAUUGCAAAUAACCAAAUUACCUGUAGCAUCGAUGAACCUUUAGCUGUACAAUUUUUCAACGUUAGAAAGGAUGGUCAAGAUUGCCUGCUGUCUCUAAGGAAUUCUGUAGAUUAUGAAACACAAAAAGAGUAUCGCUUUGUUGUCAAGGCUACAGAUAAUGGUGUUGUAAGUUGCCAAAAAACUGCAAAUAUUAUCGUUUACGUAAUUAAUGCACCUGACAUGAUUCCAGUCUUCUCGCCAGAAAACUAUACCGUGAACAUUCCAGAAAGUACUUUGGUUGGAACAUCAGUAUUAGAACUAAAGGUGCAAUCUACUGCUAUCUCACUGAAUUACACGCUAUUUGCUGCAAACAAUCCGAAUGAUUUAAAGAAGUUCCGUCUUAACAGACAGACUGGAGAAUUAAUUUUGCAAGAAGCAGUUGAUCGUGAACUGCAAGACCAGUAUCAUUUCACAGCAAAUGUAUUCGACGGAAGUAACUCAGCCGCACGCGUGGCAAAUAUAAUCGUUAACAUCCUUGAUGUAAACGAUAAUCCACCAACAUUUACCCAAGCAACGUGUUAUCAAAGUGGUUUGUCUGAAUUAAGCCUGCCUGGAAGUUUAGUAUCUCAAGUUUCCGCAUUUGAUAGGGACAGAGGCAAUAAUGGUAUUUUCACGUACAGUAUUUUGAAAGAUAGUAGUUGCAGUAGUUUUGACGUGAAUAAUGUUACAGGGCAAGUUACACUCUCAGCGGCACUGGAUUAUGAAGCAAGAAAAGAACACCAGUGUAUAAUUACUGUCACAGACAAAGGAGUACCACCUCUCAGUUCAAAAACAUGCUUAAAGAUAACAGUUCAAGAUGCUAACGACAAUCCACCUGUAUUUAAUCCUGCGAUAUACAACGUAAGCGUGUUGGAAAAUAAACCAAGGCGAUCUUUUAUUAUUCAAGUUUUAGCAUCUGAUAAAGAUUCUAACAACGUUUUGUCUUAUCAAAUUGUUAAUGGAAACACUGGAAACGCAUUUUCCAUUGAUAAUAACGGUAGAAUAAUUUUGGAAAAUCCAUUAGAUUACGAAUCAGUGAGAGGAUAUCAGUUGGAAAUAAGAGCAACUGAUAAUACUCAGCUGUCCAAUCCAAACGCGAUUGUUUAUGUGAAAGUUUUGGAGGUAAACGAUAACAACCCAACCUUCAGCAGACUGUCUUACAACGUAACAAUUCCAGAGGACGAGGCUAUCGGGCAGAUUGUUCUCACGCUUACUGCAUCGGAUAAUGAUUUAGGUGGUAAUACAGGCUCCACGUUUUUCCUUGCAUUAGAAAACACGAAUGACUUUAUUCUUGAUCAGACGUCUGGACAGAUACGAGUAGCGACAAAAUUGGAUUACGAGAAGAAAAAGGUUUACAAUCUUGUCGCAAUUGUCUCAGAUAGAGGUUCUCCUGCAAGACUUGGAAAAGCGUUAGUGGACAUAUUUAUCACUGAUGUUAAUGAUAAUUCGCCAAUAUUUAACCCAACAAUUUACAAUGUCCGUGUCUCUGAAAAAGCACCACUUUUGACUUCUUUAACUAGGGUGUUUGCUUCUGAUAUGGAUAAAGGAACAAACGGUCAAAUUGUUUACAAUAUUACAGCCGGAAACACUAACAACAGAUUUAUAAUUGAUAGAUCAACUGGUAUCAUAACACUUGCUGCAACCUUAGAUCGUGAAACACAGACGGGAAGUUACAACCUAACAGUUACUGCGCAUGACCAGGGAGCACCUCAAGCUGGCUCUCUUAACAAUGCUGUUGUUCUUGUGUCCGUCGUAGAUGUCAACGAUAAUCAACCUGUUUUUGUCAACGGCGAGUAUCACUUUUACAUACGUGAAGAUACGUUAAGAGGGUCAUUCGUUGGAAACACGGUUGCCGCCAACGACCGUGAUAUAUCUGGGCCUAACAAUGAAAUUGUGUAUCGAUUACGAGCAAGUCAAGAUUCCGGAAAUUUUACAAUUACUCAAACGGGACUUAUAUUUACAAAUGCUGCAUUUGACUAUGAGAAAACAAAAUUCUUCAGUUUUGAGGUUGAAGCAGAAGACCAGAGUACAACAGGAGAUCGUCUAAUUGGAACUACCUUAGUUAAGGUAUUCAUUACGGACUUCAAUGACAACACCCCGACGCCAUUGCAAUCCUUAAUUACUUUAAAUGUAUCAGAAACUGUUAGAACUGGAUCGUUAUUGACAGUAGUAUCAGUAAGAGAUGCAGACUCUGGAAGCAAUAGCGAACUAACAUACUUUAUUACUGGGGAUCCUUCCAAUCGUUUUACUAUAGAUAAUGCAGGAAGACUCACUCUUAAAAAUCCGUUAGACUCGUACGUACAAAAUCGUUAUGACCUCACAGUAACUAUAGCGGAUAAAGGUACCCCUUCUCUAGUAGGAACUUCCAGAGUGCUUAUCUAUGUACAUCCAGUCAACUUCACCUUACUAAACUUUGUGCAAUCAUGCCCAAUUACUUUCACUAUACCUGAGUUACAAAACAAUACGGUUGGUUCUGUUCGAGCGAUCGACGUAGGUAACUACACCAGCAGAAACAUCCAAUAUACAAUUGAAUCAAAUUAUGCAGACAUAUCAAACACUUUCCAAAUCAACAAAAACACCGGUGAAAUAAUACAGAUGCAGCCAGCUAAUUAUGAAUCGAGAUCUCGUUACGAUUUUAUGGUAUGCGCCAGCAACGAACGAGGUUCCAAGGUGUGCUGUUUCGUCACAAUCUUUAUCAUAGAUGUAAAUGAAAGCCCCUUUUUUGUCAACUUACCGUAUACUGUCAGUGUGUCUGAAAGCACACCUGUUGGAACGUACAUAUACUCUGUUGUAACAGAUGAAAAUGAUUACAAAUUAUUACCAAAUGGUCAAAAAUCAUUUUCAAUCCAAAGUAAUUCAGGGCAAGAGAAAUUCUUCACCAUCGAUGAAUAUGGACGGAUCAGGACAAACGUUACGCUAGAUAGAGAGCAAACUAACUUCUACAGCUUCCAAGUUAUAGUGACAGAUAAAGGAACCCCAAAACUUUCAAAUACUGCCAAUGUAUUUGUAACUGUAAUAGACAGCAACGACAACAGACCUAUCAUAAAUCCAAUAAACAACUUGCAAAUCACAGAAAAUGAGAACGGUCGACUAUUAGGAAGAGUCACAGCCACCGACGGUGAUAUUGAUGCAUUGAACAGAAAUAUUGAAUUCUCUAUUCACCCAGAGGGAAUUGUCGAUAUAAACCCUACAACAGGCCAAUUAACUGUUGCAAGGAACGUAGAUUACGAGAGAAUACAAAGUUACCAACUUUUCGUUGUGGCUAAGGACAAGGGAUCUCCUUAUCUUAGUAGUAUGAGAAGUUUUAAUGUUACAAUUAUUAAUGUGAAUGACAACAUACCCUACUUCCCUGUUACACUAUACAACUUAACCAUAUCGGAGAAGACAGAAGUCAACACACUUGUAUUAACUUUAUUCGCAAGAGACAAUGAUCUUGGAGUAUUUGGUGAAGUAACAGGCUACACAAUAACUUCUGGAAACGCAGGCAACUACUUCCGUAUUGAUAACACGGGACGCCUAACCCUUAACAGACCAUUAGACUGGAACAUCAACAAGCAAUUCACACUUCAAAUAUCUGCCACAGAUGGAGGUUCUCAAGUCACCACAAACCCUGCUAUAGUAACUAUUAACGUCGCUGACUACAGCGAGCUUCAACCGUUUUUCUUGCAAAACUUGUAUGUGGCCAGAAUACCCGAAUCAACUGGUCUAAGCACUCUAGUGCUUACUGUGACCGGAAAUAGCAACGAACCAGUCAAAGGUCCAUUCACGUAUAGUAUUGUAUCUAAUCUUCCAGAUACGUCGAAGUUCACGAUCAAUCCAACGACUGGGGAAAUUCGCACAACUCAAUUUUUCAAUUAUGAACAGCAAAAUAAUUUCACGUUUGAUGUUGAAAUAAGGGAUGGUAACAACGGCAAAACGAACAGAGCAUCAGUUUUUAUUCACAUCGACGACGUUAACGAUAAUGCACCUGUGUUUACUCUUCCUAACAGAAUAUACAACAUCACUGAAUUCACCUUACCUGGCUCAACGGUAGCUUGUUUAUCUGCGACUGACAGAGACAGUUAUCAGAACGGCCUUGUACAGUUCAGAAUAAUUGGUGGAGAUGGUACAUUUGUAGUUAAUCCAGAUGGAAAAAUUACCCUAGCCAAACAUAUCUUCUACUAUCGAAAAAACAAUUAUUCGUUAAAUGUGCAAGCAUAUGACUCCGGUAAUCCAUCUUUAACAGAUGAUGCGACCCUUACGUUUUACAUACACAAGUCCUACACUGGCGUAACCACCUCAGACGUCAAUGUCCCGGAAAAUAGUCAAAUAGGGACUUUUGUUACUCGAGUCUCAUCGGUUGAUCCAUUUACUGGAAAUAGCAGCAACAUUCGUUACUUUUUGGUUGGGAAGUCAAACGACUUUUUCUCCAUCAACGAUACAACGGGUGUCAUUUCAGUACGACAAGCAUUAGAUCGUGAAACCAGAGAACGGCAUGUCCUCACUGUACAAUCCCGUGGUCCUACAGCAAAUGGAGUUGGAGAAUUGGUUGUUACAGUAACCGAUAUAAACGAUAAUGCACCCAUAUUUUUGUUACCCAGCUACCAGGUAACCGUAUCGGAGACAACAUCAAUUAAUCAAAACAUAGUAACGGUAACUGCCACAGAUCGGGAUGAUGGAAUUAACGGAAAUGUGAGGUACUCUAUUGUUGCAGGUGACACCAACUUAUUUGCUGUUAAUCCUUCGACAGGUGUCGUUAGUUUAAUAGGUCAAUUGGAUUAUGAAACCAACCAGGUGCAUACGAUAAGAAUUUCUGCUCAAGACACCGGGGCGGGACAAUUAAGUUCUACCAACACAGCACAAGUAACUGUCAUUGUACAAGACUACAACGACAACUGUCCUCAAUUUCAGCAGAAUACUUAUGUUGCUAAUGUUUCGGAAUCAGAGACUCCUGGGUUCAGCGUUCUAAGGGUUCGACCAACCGAUAGAGAUGGAACAAUUGCAAAUAACCAAAUUACCUGUAGCAUCGAUGAACCUUUAGCUGUACAAUUUUUCAACGUUAGAAAGGAUGGUCAAGAUUGCCUGCUGUCUCUAAGGAAUUCUGUAGAUUAUGAAACACAAAAGGAAUAUCGUUUUGUUAUUAAAGCUACAGAUUCUGGAUCCGUUCCCUGUCAACUCACAACAAACAUUGUGGUGAAUGUUUUAGAUAGACCAGAUAUCAAACCUAUCUUUAAUCCAAUAAGAUAUAACAUCAGUAUACCUGAGUCAACGUUAAUCGGCACGUCCGUACUUGUACUGAAAGUUAUUAGCCCUACCCCUAGAUUAUCCUACACAAUGUUUCAUGUAAACGAUGUAGAUGAUUUAACUAAGUUCAGAAUUAACAGCGAUACAGGUGAGAUUUUCCUUGCCAACACGGUAGAUAGAGAACUGCAGGACAAAUAUGAAUUCACUGCUAUGGUUAACGAUGGCUUAAAUAAUGCAGAUAUACCGGCAUCAAUCGAAAUUCACAUUCUUGAUGUAAAUGAUAACGCCCCUUCGUUCAAUCAACCUAAUUGUUAUACUCGAUCACUACCAGAAACAGCUGCUAAUGGAACUUUUGUGGUUGACGCAUUUGCAUUUGAUAAUGACAAAGGCAAAAAUUCGGAAAUUCGUUAUUCUUUACUUUCUGGACCAUCAUGCAAUGGCUUAAGCAUCGAUCCUGUCAGCGGUAGAGUAACAACAUCAUCACUUCUUGACUAUGAAUCACAAAGAUUUCAGUAUUGUCUAGUUAAGGCAAUAGAUCUAGGGGAUAACCCACUUGCAGGGUACACUUGUUUGACCUUAUCAAUAACUGAUGUCAAUGACAAUCGUCCUGUCUUCGCAAUUAAUCAAUUUAAUGUCACUUUGCUGGAAUCAGUACCACAAGGAACGUUAGUGGCAACGUUGUAUGCAACUGAUAUAGACAACUCCCAAGUUUUUUAUAGAAUCGCAUCAGGUGACAGGUUGUCUCAGUUUGCCAUUGACCAAAACGGAAAAUUAACUGUCACUAGAAACUUAGAUUAUGAAAACAUCAGGUCCUAUGCCCUUGAAGUAGAAGCUUUAAAUUCAGGAAGUUUGUCAUCUAGUCCCAACGCAAUGGUAUACGUGACGGUACUUGAAGUCAACGAUAACAGGCCAACAUUUUCGCAGUCAUACUAUCAAAUAACAAUUUCCGAAAAUACAGCUGUAGGCGAAACAAUAACAGUCGUUUCCGCACAAGAUAACGACCAAGGAUCAUUAACAAAAUCACUUCUUUACUCGGCAUUGGAAAACACAACAGAUUUCGAGGUGGAGCCACUGACAGGUGCAAUUAAAGUUUCCCGUUCUUUAGAUUAUGAAAGAAUGAAGAAAUAUUCUCUAGUUGUGAUUGUUCAAGACAGAGGAACACCUUUCCUGACGAAUCGUGCUAUGGUUGAUAUCAUUAUUACUGAUGUAAACGAUAACAAACCUAUUUUCUCUCCGUCGCUCUACAGCAUUACUGUAUCUGAAAAGGCAUUGGUUGGUUCGUCUAUUAUUACUAUAUCAGCCACAGAUGCAGACAAAGACGAUAAUGGUAAUCUUUUGUAUCAAAUACAAUCAGUUAGCGAAGGAGCACGUGGAUUUUUCCGUAUCGAAAAUAAUGUUAUAAAGUUAGACAAAGAACUUGAUUAUGAGCAGCUAGAUCAAAGAAAAUUCCAAUUUGUGGUGAAUGUUACAGAUCCUCGCGGACAGAGUGGCGCAAACACAGCAGUUGUGAUCGUGAAUGUAGCUGAUGUAAAUGACAGAGAACCAGUGUUUGACCUCAACAUCUAUACCGUGGAGGUAAAUGAGAACAGUGCAAAUUCAGCAGCUAUAUUGAACGUACGAGCGGUAGACAGCGAUGGCACACCUGUGAACAGCGAUAUAACAUACUCAUUACCAGAUAACACAGAAGAUGCUCUAAAUUUCACAAUAUUUACAAGUAAUGGUCGAGGUCUCAUAUUUGCAAGAAAGCCGUUUGACUACGAAUCAAAGAAGAGUUACAUAUUCAGUAUUAAAGCGUCAGAUAAAGUGAGGGAAAACUUAACAGCAAUUGCAACAGUUGUCGUGAAAGUGAACGACAUGAACGAUAAUGCCCCUGUCCCUGAAAGUAACCUUAUCACAGUUAAUAUCUCUGAAGCAACCAGAGUAUUUAGUAACAUCGCAGUGGUAUUUGCAAAAGAUGCUGACACGGGAAAGAACGCAGAAUUAGAAUACACCAUACUUAAUCCUACCAAUCCAUCCACUUUCUCCAUCUCAAAUACCGGGAUUAUUAGAUUAGACAGGCAAUUAGAUUACUUCGCCCAACGCUUCUAUUCAAUGGUCGUGAAAGUAUCAGAUAAAGGGUCACCUUCACUGCAUUCAAAUGUAACUGUUCUUGUCUAUGUUCAUAGAGUUGUUCUAGCUGGUAUUCAAUUUGAAAGCAAACAUUACAAUUACUCAAUUCCAGAAAAAUCAUUAAACGGUGUAAUUGGAACAAUUCUAGCAAGAGAUACAGGUGUAUAUAACAGCCGCCAAAUAACAUAUAACAUCGCAUCCGGUGCUGGUGAUAUUGCUAAUGUAUUUUCGCUCACACAAGCCGGACUAUCUGCUAUUAUCAACCAACAAACUCGAGCUGAUUUUAACAAGAAAAAAAUAUAUAAUUUCAUGGUAAAGGCAGAAAAUGAAAGAGGCGCAUCAGACUUUGCUCAAGUUACAAUAAACAUAAUUGAUGUGAAUGAAAAACCAUAUUUUGUUGGAACAACAUCACCAGGAGUCUACGAAUUCACCAUGUCGGAAGUUGUCUCUGUUCCAUCCUAUAUUUAUGCUGUUAUAGCAAAAGACGAUGACAGCGGAUUAAACGGUGAAUUUGAGUAUCAAUUAAUCAGUAAUUUCCAAUUUGGUAACUUCUCCAUUGAUCAAUAUGGGCGCAUACAAGUGCUCCAAGACCCAGAUAGGGAAUUUACAUCUAGUUAUCAGUUCCAGGUAAUAGCAAUUGACAAAGGUAACCCACGACUACAAUCUGAUCGUGUAUCAGUUUUGAUAAGAGUUUUAGAUUACAACGACAAUCGUCCAAUAUUCUAUCCUGACGGUCCUAUUCAGAGAACAGUAUUGGAAGGUCAAAACGGUACAGAAAUUGGUGCAAUAUUUGCCAACGACACUGAUUCUGGCAUAAAUCGCAUUGUAAGAUACACUGGAAUAUAUCCUGAAGGCUAUCUUGCAGUAAACAGAGUAAAUGGAAUCGUGUCCAUUAUUAAACCGUUCGAUUACGAGCAAGGUAGCCACCACGAAUUUGUGGCAAUUGCUCAAGACUUGGGAUCACCAUACCUAAGUGCAAGAAAAAUCAUAAAAAUUGAUGUCACCAACCGCAACGACGAAAAUCCGUUCUUUGAAAUUCUUGACUACAAUAUUACUGUUUCUGAAAAAACCUUACCAGGCUCUACUGUUUUAGUUGUGGCUGCUCGCGAUAAAGACCUAGGUCCCUCUGGAAAGAUCAUUACCUACAGUAUAAGUCCAGUAGCUUUAGCUGGCAGUGGUGCAGGUGGGGCAGAUGACACGUUCGUUAUCGACAACAAUGGAUUAUUGAAACUUAAUAAGCCCCUGGAUUUUAAAACAAAAAAUUACUAUGAAUACACAAUCAAAGCUGAAGAUGGCGGUUCUCCAUCAUUAUCAACGCUACAAAAUGCCACAAUCCGCAUCUAUAUCAGUGAUGUAAGCGAACUCCAACCAACAUUUAACCAAAAUCUUUACAUUGCACAAGUUUAUGAAAACAUUUCACUGUUCACUAAUGUAGUGAGAGUUACAGCAGACAGCUUAGAACCGAAAAAAGGACCAUUUAUUUAUUCACUUGUACCCAGUAAUGACUCUUUAACAUUCACUGUUGAUGCAACCACUGGUAUGAUCAGGAAUACUAAACCUUUAGAUUACGAAAUGCAAAAACUGUACGUUUUUGAAGUUGAAGUAAAAGAUAACUACAACAGUAAAACCGGAAGGGCGUUGGUUAAGGUUUAUGUACUGGAUGUUAAUGACAACACGCCUUCUAUUACAUCUCUUAAAUUUGUGUACAAUAUCUCAGAAGGAAGUUAUCCAGGCUCCGUUGUAGCAAAACUUAGCGGGUCUGAUAAUGAUUCUGGUGAAAAUGGAAGAGUCACGUUCAGAGAAAUCGGAGGAGACGGUGUUGGGACAUUUGCGAUAGACAGUAAUGGAGUGAUCACAUUAGUUGGAAACCUAGAUGCUCGUGUCAAAACACAAUAUACAUAUGUCAUACGUGCAGAGGAUCAUGGCUCUCCAAAGCAAACACGAGAUACAACUGUUGUAUUUUACGUGCAUAAGACAAACGUACCAGUUAAUACCCCCGUAUUUAGUACUCAUUUUUAUCGCACUUGUGUUGAUGAAAAUAUAAUUCGAACCAAUCUGUUGCAAGUCAAUGCUGCAAACUCUCAUCCUAUUGCAGGAAGUUCUAUUGUUUAUUCUUUAGCAGGAAAUCAACAAGAACGGACACCCUUUACGAUAAACGAGCAAACAGGUGUAAUCGACUUAGUGCAACCAUUGGAUUAUGAAAGUAAAGCAAGUUACAACUUCUUGGUAAAUGCCAUUAAUAAUGAAGGUCGGCGAGAUAUAGCUGUUGUAAGCAUCUGUGUCAACGAUCUCAAUGACAACGUUCCAGUAUUCCCAAUAUCUCCAAUUAGUGUGAAUGUGAGUGAAAGAGAACAAGUUGGUUUCCUAGUUUACCAACUGACUGUGAAAGAUGACGAUUUAACUGAUUUCAACCAGACAAGAACUUUUAGUAUAGUCAGUGGCAACUUCCCACGUAAAUUUGCAAUUGAUAAUACAGGCAAAAUUACUCUGGCUGAUACAAUUGAUUUUGAAACAAUACGAACACCAGUGUUUAACUUACGCAUACGUCUGCAGGAGGGAAAUGACAUUGUAGAGACAACAGUGACGGUUAGAAUAACAGAUUGGAACGACAACCAUCCCAGAUUUAACACAAUUAACGGCAUGUACGUUUUUAAUAUCAGCGAAUCUAAACCAGUCGGAGAGAUCAUAGAAAUAUUGACAGCUUUGGACAACGAUAAAACUUCACCAAAUAGUGAAAUUACGUACACCUUAUUAACAACGGAAACAGAUUUUGAAAUGCGACCAAACGCACUUGGACAUGGUGCUCUAUUUGUUAAAAAUCCACUAGACUAUUCCCGGCAAAAUAGAUAUGAAAUGGUGGCCAUUGCGACAGACAGAGGAUAUUUGGGUCUUAUUGGAGCUGUUUUGGUAAUCAUUAACAUAGAAGAUACAAACAAUAAUGCUCCAGUUUUUGAACCAGCUAUGUAUACCAACAGGAUAUCUGAAGCUGCGCUAGUCGGUACAACAAUAUUUAGAGUUGCAGCAACAGACCGCGAUACAGGGGUUGGUGGCCAGAUUGUCUACAAUUUAGCUGAUCCAAGUGGAACAUUUUCCAUUGACAACAAUGGCAAUGUUGUUCUUCAGAGAUCCUUGGAUUAUGAAGCAAGACAAAAUUAUAACAUUACAGUAACAGCCAGAGAUGGUGGAAAUGUGGCAUCGUCAAACAAUGCUAAUCUACGUAUUGCUGUUACCGAAGUAAACGAUAAUGAACCAAAAUUUGAUGUUUUAUAUUACUACAGAACAUACCCAGAAAACACAGCCAUAAAUACGGGGCUCUUUAGCGUUAGAGCAACAGAUGGUGAUAGGACUGGCAAUGUAAUUACAUACUCGAUAAUUAACAAUGCUGACUCAAAUCGAUUUUCAAUAAAUUCACAGAAUGGCCUUAUUACUUUGGUUGGUCAAUUAGACUAUGAAUCACAAACUAGAUAUACAUUUACUGUCAGAGCAACCGAUUCUGGAAAUCAACAAUUAAUUGGUACUGCACAUGUUGUAAUAGAUGUAUCUGAUGUAAACGACAACGUACCUGAAUUCGUAUCAGGGCAAAAUGACCACAGCAUAUCUGUACUGGAAACCACAAACAUCGGCACUCUUUUGACGGUCGUGUCAGCAAGAGACCGCGACGCUAACUUAAAUGGUCGUGUAACCUACAGCAUUUCGAACGGAAAUGAAACCGGAAAGUUUACCAUUAAUCAAAAUGGUCAAAUUCGUCUUAUUGGAAAAUUAAACGCAGCCACACAAAACAAAUACACACUUACUGUAAAUGCGAAAGACGCCGGUUCUCCGUCGCAAUCAACGGAUUCAACUGUUACAAUCACUGUCAUCCCAUUUAAUGAAAGUGUUCCACAGUUUGGCAAAAACAUUUACGAAAUAUUUGUACCCGAAAACAGGCGUGUUGGCAGUAUUCUGCUUCCAUUAGAUGUAACAAAAACAAUACCUGGAUCACCAGUCUCCGUCAGCUUUCAUUCAUCGACCGUUUUCCCUGAGUUUUCCUUAAACGGAUUUAACUUGACUUUGGCACAAUCUUUGGAUUUUGAAAGACAAAACAAAUAUAGCUUGAUAGUUGUAGCUACUGACGGCGAGAAUGAUAAAGCUUUGACACAAAUCAUUGUAAAUGUACAAAACAUAAAUGAAGAUCCUCCCGUGUUUGACAGAGCAAUCUACACAAAAACCAUAUCUGAACUAGCAUUUAUCGGCCAUUCUGUUUUGACACUAACAGCAACAGAUAAAGAUGGAGACAACAUGUUCUAUAAUAUCAUAACUCCUGUUCCUGAUAACGCCUUCAGGUUGCAAGGCAAUGUUGUAUUAGUUAACAAAAAACUCAACGUCGGAACGUAUCAAUUUAAUGUAUCUGUUGCUGAUUCAACUUCAAGGGGAAGUCAGGCAACUGUGAUUAUCGAAGUGAUACCAGAAAAUGCAGCUAAAUUUACGAAUGCAACCUACGUGGUUACAGUUUAUGAAGAUCAUCCAGUAAAUCAAAUCAUCAUCUCAACUUCUGCUGGACCAACAAAUAUUGGCUACGUCUACACAAUUGAAUCCUCGGACGCUAGAAGAAAUUUUGUUAUUAAUAGCAUAGGUCAAAUAUCACUUAUUAAUCCAUUGAACUACGAAGAAAGAAAGCAAUAUAUAUUCCCAAUUAAAGCAACCGUAUCCACUCCAGUACCAUCUUCUAGUGCUGCAUCUGUGGUUGUCAAUGUAUUAAAUAGAAACGAUGUAGCCCCAACCUUUGUAAAUUCACCAUACAACGUUAAUGUUUCUGAAGCUCAUCUUGUUGGAUCAUCUGUUCUAAAAAUAACAGCGACAGAUGCUGACAAAAAUUCAUUGACUUAUUCAAUUGUCAGUGGCCACAACAAUCAAUUUAUGAUUCAGAAUGAUGGAAGUAUCAUCCUUAUGGGAAGUCUAAAUUACGACUUACGUGACAAGUAUGCGUUGAACGUCAGUGUGAGUGACGGAAUAUUUACCACCUACACAACUGCUAACAUUAAUGUUAUUCCGGCUACUAAACUUCCACCGAAAUUUAACCAGACCAUAUACGUUACCUCGGUUUUAGAAAAUGUAUCGCCAGGUUCUGAAAUACUACGCGUCUAUACCAACAAUGUUAUACCACCAUCGGUAUACCAAAUUAACGAGCAAUCUGGAAAUAAUUUUUUCACCAUUGAUGCAACAGGAAUUAUUAGAACAAGGCAACAGUUAAAUUAUGAAGCCAACAAGCAACAUAUAUUCACAUUAGAAGUGCAAGACAAACGCAAUUCUGGGUACGCCACUGUUGUGGUAAACGUACUGAAUGUUAACGACAUGUGUCCAACAAUUACACCUGCAGUGCAAACAGUACAGAUAACGGAACCAGUUGUUGCGGAUACCAUUGUUGCAGCUGUUCAAACAGGUGAUAUUGACAGCAGUAAUUUAACACUGACAUUAACAGGAGGAAAUGGUUUGUUUAAAAUCGAUCAGUAUGGUGGCAUUAAAACAACUGGUUUUCUUGAUAUUGCUACGUCAACAACCUACGCUUUAACUAUUACAGUUUCUGAUUCAGUCUGUCCUCGCACGGCUCGAGUUAACGUCCAAGUUAAUCCAUUGGCACCAUGUCCUGACUGUGACUCUUAUAAUUUCUUGCAGACUAUAUAUGAGAGAUCAAUUUAUGAAAACACAGUCCCAACUAAUCCAAUACUAUCUGUUGCGACGGGGCAACAUUCAUCUACCACGUAUUCUAUCGCCGACACCCAAGCGUUGCAAUAUGUCACGAUAAAUAAUGUUACAGGACAAAUCAGCGUUAUUCGUCCUUUUGAUUACGAGACCAUUAAAAGAAUUGAAUUUGACGUGAUGGCAAGUGGAAGAACAUCUCAAAACCGAAAUCCUCUCGAGGUAAUAACGACAAAAGCAAGAGUAAGAAUUACGGUACUUGACCUCGAUGAUAAUUGUCCAGUGUUUAGCGUACCACAAAAUACCGAAGUAUCAGUCAGCUCUCCACUACAACCAAACACAUUCGUGGCUCGAGUAGACAUAACCGAUAGAGAUAGUUUCCAAAACCAUACCUUUACAGUUAAUAACCCACUGUUUUUCAUUGACAGCACAGGCUCUAUAGCGUCAAAUGCUUUGAUCCAAUCGCUUACAGAACAGUCAUAUAAUUUGACUAUUAUAGUCAGCGACAGUAACUGCGCAGUAACUAAGUACUUACUUAUAAGAGUGACAGUAUGUCCAGAACCGAUGACUUACAUGUUUACAUCUAACGGAAUAUACACAAAAGAUGUGAGAGAGGAUCAAAACACAGUUGAUACACUGUUAACAGUAGCCAUUCAAGGACAAUAUCCAAGAAGAUUUGCAAUUGUGGAGCAAGAAGCACGAAAUCAGUUUAUUAUUGACCCAAAUACAGGUGCCAUAAGAUUACGUCAAAAUUUGGAUUAUGAAGCUGCGAAAAAUCAUAGAUUUACCGUGCGCGCAGACAUCAAUGGAAUAUUCCAAUCGUACGCAACGGUGAUUAUUAAUGUCUUGAAUACCAAUGAUGUUUGUCCAGUCUUCUCUCAAUCGUCAUAUAAUAACGACUAUACUGGAACUCCUGCUAUUGAAACAAUAGUUGCCAUGCUAACAGCUUCGGAUGCUGAUAAAACACCCUUAAUUUACACGAUAACAUCUGGAAACAACGAAGGUUACUUUGCUAUUAAUAACAACGGUGUUGUCACUGUCAACAAAAAAUUUCCAUUAUCAUUCAAUCGAAAUUUUCCAUUGGGUAUUAACGCAUUCGAUGGGAUUUGCGGGGCAACAACCACGUUAAAUGUCAGAGUAACAUCAUGCGCAAAUCCGACAGAUUACCAAUUUACACAAUCCAAAUAUGUAUAUAACUUGUACGAAAAUCGUACACUAGGAGCAUUUGGAAUUAUAGAUGUGAAAAGUGGCAGAUCAGUGCAAUAUUUGAUGCCUCAAAUAUCACAUUUCUCUUUAGAUAGCGUCACAGGUGCUUUAAGUCUUGUCAGAGCACUCGAUUUUGAAAGACAGCAGAAGUAUACUUUUGAUGUAACAGCUAAUUUUUCGGAUGGUGUUGUUACAACCGUUCCGGUAGAAGUAAACGUACUAGAUGUCAACGACGUUUGUCCAAAAUUCUCGAGUCAACGCUAUGCAGUUCAACAUACUGAGCCUUUAUUUAACGGUCUCAUAGUUGCAUAUCCGGAGGUAAAUGAUGCAGACAAAACUGGCACCAUUACUUACUCCAUUGUUUCUGGGGACAGCAGGUUUAGUAUAAACAACAAAGGUCAAGUUUACGUAAAUUCAAAGUUAGAGACCGUCACAGAUUUACUAUCCACCACAUAUUCGAUAACAGUUGAAGUAAGCGAUGGAAAAUGUUCAGAUAGAGCCGAUAUUGACGUAGGGGUAAACAAGAUAGUCGUAGGAAGUUAUCUAUUCCCCGAACCAUUCUAUCAGUUCUCUAUUAGUGAAAAUAGAGCUGUUCCAUGGAUAAUUGAUAGGUUUAUAAACUUCGGUGGUCACAAAGCGAACUAUUCGAUUGUUGGAACAAGCGAUCACUUUAUAAUUAACAGAACAUCGGCUGUUUUGACCAUGGUAAAACCUUUGGAUUAUGAAAUUGCUAAGCGACAUUACGUACGAAUCUCCGCAGCUUUUGGGGGAGGAAUAGAAACUUAUGCCACAGUGGCCGUACAUGUACUUGAUGAAAACGACAAUGCACCCAGAGUUUACAUGCAACCACCAAUUGCCCGUCUCACUACUAACUUCCCACAAAACUCCCUGAUAACUACAGUUGUAGUUGAAGAUGUUGAUACCGAGCAAGCUUUCACCUACAACAUCAUUAGUGGAAAUGAUAAAGGUUUGUUCAGAGUUGAAAGCAGUGGGUUGAUCAAAACUACCAGAUGCUUGACUGCUUCUGAUGUCGGAAAUCACAAACCAUUUAUAAGAGUGGACGACGGUGUUAAUGCUAAGCAAGAUGUCCCAGUCAAUAUACUAAUAUACUCGGUGGAAGAUGCAUCGUAUGAUGGUUCUUGUGGCAUUACUGGCUGUCCUAAAAAUUGCGGAGAUCCUAUGUUAUACAUGUUUUCCGCUGGAAUAUACAAUGCAACAGUUCAGGAAAACUCGGCCAUUGGUACAGACAUUGGCAGUGUAUCUUUAAGUGGCGGAUUUGGUAACGCCACAUAUCGCGCUUUCGGUAGUGGCUCGGAAUAUGUUAACGUUGACUUGAAUGGUAAACUAACCUUGGCGAGAACGUUAGAUUUUGAAACAAAGCGAACACACCAAUUCACAAUUGAAGCAAGGAUUCCAGCAUAUUGUGGCGACAUCAUAAGAUCUACAGCAGCUUAUGUCAUAAAUGUUGGCAAUGUUGAUGAUUCAGCACCAGUAAUCGUUUCUGAACCAGCCACAAUAAGAGUAUCGGAAUUAAGUCAAAUUGGUCAUAUCAUUGGAUGCUUGAAAGCACGUGAUCCUGAUAAUUUGGAUGCUAAACUUAUAUACACUUUAACUAGCCCAAACAAUACAAACGCUUUUACAAUUGAUCAAAAUGGAGAAAUAAAGGUAAACGAAAACUUAAACGCUGGAUUAGGCCAAUCCUUUGUUUUAAAUUACGAGGUAUCAGAUGGUACUCAAUCAACUAAUGGAAGCUUCAACGUCUUUGUUAUCGAUUCUAACGAUAAAGUUCCAAAGUUUACAUCAAAUGUGUAUUCUGGUAGUGUGGAUGAAAAUUCGGUGACAGGCACCACUAUAUUGACUGUAACAGCAAGUGAUAACGACACAUCAUCAGAUAAUAACAAAAUCACAUAUGCCAUUGAAAGUAGCCAACCAAGUGGAUUAUUUGUUAUUAAUCCAUCCUCUGGCGUCAUCACCUUAAAUGGAGCUGUGGACUACGAAACUCAACAAAGACACGAUGUAAUCGUAUCUGCAACUGAUAAUGGUGGUUUCAAGAGUAUUGCUGUUAUAAGAAUUAGGGUUAAUGACAUAAACGACAAUUCCCCAACUAUAAUUUCACCAACAGUCUCAAAUCCAGGAGUUACUCUUCACGAGUUUACUGCAGUUGGCACACCUGUUUUCAGGAUAUUAGCUACAGAUCUGGACACAAGCGAUGUAAUAACAUACAAAAUUGUUGGAGGAAGCGAUUACUUCAAUAUAGAUCAGAAUACAGGUAUCAUUACCAUCAAGAAUAACCUUUACAGUUCUAGCGAGAACCAGUAUAUAUUAAACUUAGUAGCUGAAGAUACGGCAGGUAACUCUCAACAAAGACAAUUGUCACUAAAAGUGAAAAGAACAAGUGCUAAUGAAUUUGGAUGUGGUAGCUUCAUAACAAGUGGAAGCGGCACUACAGGAAGUGGAUCCGGAAACAACAUCAGAUUACCUGAAAAUACGCCAGUAGACACUGUUAUUGCUGUUAUCUCAUCAGGUAUCGGAAGUGGUCUGACCAAUUCCAUUGUUUACUCAUUAGACAACAGAUCAAAAAGCCUUUUCAGAAUAUCUGACAAUGGAAACAUCACUUUAAUAGCACCUUUGAACUACGAAAUGGGAAGAUAUCACGUUUUAGAAAUUACUGCUGACGACAAGUUAAGAAAUAUAUCGACAAGAUACAACUUCUAUGUUGAUGUUUUGGAUGUCAACGAAUUUGAACCUGAGUUUACGGCCUCGGUCAUUCGUAUAUCGGAACUGGUACCAAAUGGCACCUACGCUGGAAAAAUCACAGCAACUGACGGGGAUACAAGCGACGUAAUGACUUACUAUAUCAAUGGUGGGGAUGUUAACGCUUUCGUGAUCAACCGAAAGACUGGUGUACUGACGACAAAUACAAACUUUGAUGUGAGUCGGCAAUCAACCUAUAGAGUAGAAGUGUGUGCGAAUGACGGCUCGAAGGUUAACUGCAAAAAUGUCACCGUCAACAUUGACAACGCUAACAACAACGCACCAGUUUUUACAAAUGGCAUUAAUUUAACUGCUAUCUUGCCUUCCAAUAACACGGUAAACGACACUGUUCUUCAAUUAGUUGUGAAUGAUGCCGACGGAGAUCGUUUGGUAUACAGUCUUGACUUCAACGGACAAGAUUUCGACAGUCUUUUUGGUAUUAAUACAAAUACAGGAGAGGUUUAUGUGAAGACACAGUUAAUGUCUGGUCGAUAUGUUUUCUAUGUGUGUGCAGAAGAUGGUGUAUACAAAACAUGUGCUCCAGCCAUUGUCACAGUUGCAAGUACCACUACAACAAAACCAGUAUUUAAUCCUGAGUCUUACUAUGCUGUCCUAGAUGUAAAUACACCUUCUAAUACUUCUUUAAUAAGAGUUCGAGCAACAGAUCCUACUUCCCCAUACUUAAAAUACGACAUCGUGCCUGGGAUAAAGUCAGAUCUCUUCUCUAUCGUCGGAGACACUAUUAAACUUUUGAAUCCAAAUGACUUGGUCGCUGGAGAAACCAUUUAUUUAAAGGUAACAGCAACUAACGAUCAAACUAUGAACAUGGCUAAUACAACUGUUGUCGUUGUUGUCACAGACGCACAAAAAACGGCUAAUUUGAGUUACAUCGCGGAAGUCAUUGGCACGACAAUGAUUGUAAACUUCUCGCUUGCCACCUUUGAUCAAAGCCUUGUUUCAUACUAUUACAUCAUUGGACAAGAGCUACCUUCGGACAACAGCAUAAAUAUUAAUUUAACAACUCAAUUAUCACCUGUCAGUUGGUUUUAUGCCAACCGAUUGUACCAAUAUCGACGGUAUUAUGUAGCGAGAAUUAAUCAAUCCACCCUGACUGGAGCAAGACAGCGAAGAAGUGUGAACGUUGUGAAGACGAACUCUUUCACUUACAGAGUUGGUGUGGAAGAAGGUUGUAAUCAACGUACUGGUGUAUUGGACAUUUGCAAUGGUGCACUUAAACCAGGCACCUUUUACAGGUUUUCCGUGGAAGCACAUUACAACACGGGAACGGUGGUCGACAUUCCAGUAAUUCAGCGAGCAACUACGGAAAAGAAAACAGAUACACAAUUGACGCGAACAGCAACAGAUGGCUACAGCGUUGUUGAUUCGUACGUAAUCACAUUCUGGAUUGUUGGCUUGGUUAUAUUAGGAACAUUGUUUUGGCUGGCUGUUCUUGCAAUAGCUAUCUUGUUGUGCUAUAAACGUCGAUACAGAGUAGAUGCAGCAUACGGAUACAGUGUGGGUGUAAGAGAUCAAGUUGACGCCCCACCAAGAAUCACUGAUACAAAUUUCUACAGCAUUGCUCAAAAAGAAACCUAUACCGAUAAAGACACAGUAAAAGUCAAAACCGUUAAUGAUUUUAACCCGACAAUAAUAGAGACACAAACACACAGUAUGGUUAUCCUGGACUCACCAGAACAAACCCCUGAGCCACAACGAAAGGAAUACGAAACUAGAUCCGCAAGUAUUAAAUUUAUCGAGGAGCAGCCUGAAUGGGAAAGCAUGGAUAUUCAACUAACUAUUGACCCAUCAGGAAAGCAUGAACCUAUCAUCACGAGAAAAGAACAUACCGAGGACGUCAGUGGCAGUCCUAAAGAUUCUGAUGACUCGUCAUCGUUAGGCAAACCUGCCGAGACCACCCAGUAUGAUCAACCGGAUUACGUCACAUAUCAUAAAGUUGUUGACGAUGAUGACUCUGAUGACGAUCUCAAAACACGGCAGACAAUAACAACCACUACAACAACCACAACUUAUCACACCUACGAAGGAGAAGCUGAAACAGCCCCUGAACAAGUGCGCGUGUUAGUGGAAGACGAUAAUGCACCCGCAGACGAUACGUUGACAAGACUUUAAAAAUAUGAAAAAAUUCAAAAACAAUCCUAAUAUUUUCUAAUUUUUUAAAUUUUUUUUGUAUUGCACUUUUUUUGUACUAUGUUACUUCAAGCUGAAAAAAAACUUAAAAAAAUAUUUGCUUGACUUAAACUUUUUUAUUCUACUAAAUAUAUUCUUUGUAAACUAGAAAUGCACAUUCUUUUGUAAACUAAAAGUUAAAUAUAAUAUUUCAUUGUA